AUGGCAUCUCAAUCGAGCUACGAAUUUCCUUCAGAAUGGGGCCUCGUUCCGCCCAACCCAGAUCCGGAUUUGGUCCUCCCCGGAGAUGCCAUUGAGAAAGAACUGGAUCGAAUUGAAAUGCCUUCUCUCGAUAUUCCCAUCAGUCGCAUCAUAGGAUCUACACCUCUUGCCUUUCGCCCCGAUGUUGAGAUCCCAGAACUGUCCGAGAUUGACUCAGAGACCGAUGAGCAGCCCGGCACCCCGCCCGAUGCUGGUGCUAGCUUCGCGGGCUGGAACAGAACCGUCAAGUCCGAUAGUCCUCCUGUCCAGCGAGUUACAAUUAUCGGAGGCGCUGUCGUACGCAGUCUAUGUCUUGUCAUCCCAGAUGAGGACAUAAAUGGCUUCGCCGACCUUCCCGUCCAGCCUAUUCGAGCAAGCAAGCGGCAGCCUGCUCAACUGGUUGCCAAGAUCUUGGAUGAUGAGACCGAAAAGCCUCCAAUGCCUUUCCUUAUUCUUCCCGAUGAACGCCGAGGCGGCUCCGACAUCAAAAGUGCCGACUCAACUGCCAUGAAUCUGUACGAGACUUGGAGCUCCUCGUUGUACAGCCCUGGCAAAUCGACCUCGGGGCCCAUUCCUUGGGCCCUUACUGCCCUCAAGGCAGGAGGAGCACUUGAGGAGAAGAAGGAUGAGGAAAGCGAGAAGGAGAAGCUUGGGAGGUCUAAGAUGGAUGAGUUUGUCUUGUCUGGAGAUAUCGAUGACUUUUGGGGGAUCAAGGGCUUGACUGCCAAGUUAUACAAGUAUAAAGGACCUGAGAAGGAUGUCGUUGAUGUGCCCGAGGAAACGGAAGAUGAAGAGGAUAAGAGUCAAGAUGACACCGAAGAACCGAGUGGAAGGAUGGUACCCUUGUCUACCGAACCAGACACGAAACAGUCAGAUGACAAGGAUGGCAAGGAUGAUAAAGAGGAGGACAGUGAGGAGCACGAUAAGGACGAACCCGCUAGAGAGAAGAUCAAACUGAACACGGAAAGCUUCAACCUCAAAGGCCAGCUUUUGGGGACACUGUUCCCCUCCAUUAACGACUUCAACCUCAAGAACCUUCCCGUGGGGAACCUAGAGCUCACCUACUCUGAAGAGAAGAAGAACUUUCUCUUCAAGCCCGGCCUGCGACUCGAAGUGGACAUCUUGUUCACGGAUAGUCUUGCCUGGGCCGGUGAUGCCUUGAAGAAACUCUUUGGACCCACUGACCCUCCUAAGUCUAUUCAUCUCAGUGCCCAUUUGGCGGACACGCGCGACUGGUCAAAGAGGCCCAAGAUUGAGAAUCUCGUACUCCAAGGCUUUUUUCCACCUUUAGCUUUGAAGGCUUGGGAUCUUUUGAACUUCAGGACGCUGGGUAUUGAGAUCACAGCCACCAAAGCGACCAAGAACAAGCCAUCAAAAGAAAAACCCGAAGGCGAUAAGCAUGAAGAUGGAAAGCCAAAGGGUGAGACUAAUGGCGAUCACGACACUGGCAGCGGAGAGAAUGAGACAACCAAGCUUAGUAAGUCCCGCGCAACUGAACAGAGUCCGGAUGAUGGUGGUGGUGAGAAUGAGGAGGGGGAGGACGAUGAAGAAGGUUCCGACAACAAAGCGAAAGAGAAGAAGUCUUGGUUCUUUGGCUUUGCCUUUUUCGGAACCGUGCUAGUCACAAAAGUUCUCCAUGCAAAUGUCCCGUUGGAUAUGAACUACAGGAUUGCGAGAGACUCUGUUGCCACGGAAGAGGGAGAGAAGAAAAAAGACGACAAAGAGGGUGAUGAGGGCGAUAAGGCUGCUGAGGAUGAAGGAGGAGGAGUAGCUGCGAAUGACAAGUCAAUCAAGACGAUAGAUGCAAGCCCUAAAGACGAUGACAAGAAGAGCGGAGAGAAUGAUCAGAACGGCAAGGAGACCGACAAGAAGGAGGACGAGUCCAAGCAUAAGAGAAGUUGGAAUUUGCUCAUCAAACCGGACAAGUGGGAGAACAUCUACGGUAUUGAGAACGUUACGAUGAAAGAUGCGGAGCUCAAGGCAUCAUUUGAGGAGGGCGACUUUCGCAGCACGGUUAAGCUGGAACUGUCAGCGGAGCUGGAGCUAGAAGAUGGAACUCUUAAAGUCAAAGGACAGAUAUCGCGAGAUGAUAACUUUCUGGAGCCUGGGGUAGGUGACCUUACACUAACUGACAUCAAGAAAAUGCACGCACGGAUCUCGGGACAGAAGCUACCUGAGAAGGAGACGAAGAAGCCAGACGACGAGAAAAAAGAGGACUAG